AUGUGUGCUCCGUUAGUCACCGUGGUGUUUUUGUUGACGAAAGUUGACGGCAAGGACCUUUUCCAAAAGGUCAUAUCAGAAGUAGCUGAAUCUAUUUAUGAUUUCCCUUCAACUAUCUAUAGUUUAACCAUCUAUGAUAGAAAAUGUUCUCAUGUUUCACAGAAGCAAGGGAAAUCCCAAACUGCUAAAAAAUAUCAGCGGUAUCAAGAGAGCAACUACAUGGAUCCCAAUCAAGGCCUUUGUCUAGGUGCACUCUUUGAUAUUGCAGCUACAAAUGGACUUGAUAUGAGCAGAAGACUAUGCAUUUUUGGUUUCUGCCGCUCGAUUGAGAUGCUUAGUGAUGUGGUGGAAGAUACUGUCUUGGAGCAUGGUGGGGAGGUAGGUGCUACGUAAUAAUCAUUUUUCUUUUAGCUAUAAAACAAUGGCUAAUUCUAGUGUGCAC